AUGUACGCACUUUUCGUGCUCUACAUCACGAGCCGCGACCUCGUCCGAUUAUCGAUCUUACUGUUCUACCAGCGCAUCUUUGGCCGCGACCCUUUGGCCAAGCCCAUCCUCUUUGGAUGUACCCCGAUCAGUUACUUUUGGACUUCGUGGGAUGGUGAGCACGAAGGGCACUGCAUCAGUACCAAUGGAAUAUUCUGGGCCGGUGCCUUGGUCGUUAUCGCCAUUGACAUAUGGGUCAUGCUGAUCCCACUGCCAUUUAUCAUGAAACUCAAGUUUUCAUUGCGAAAAAAGCUCCUCUCGGGUGUCAUGUUCACCUUUGGAAUUUUUGUCGUUAUAGUCAGCCUCUAUAGAUUGAAGACUAUUACCCGUUUCACUUUGUCACGGAACCCGACAGCGGACUUUGUGGAUGUCGGCAUCUGGUCGGGACUAGAGCUCUACGUCGGCAUUAUUUGUGCAUGUCUCCCAAACUUCCAUAGCUUGCUGAAGCCUGUAUAUGCUCGGAUUGGCUCUUUUUUCGCCUCUAAGACGAAAGGACCCCAAUCCGCAUCCAGUGGUUCUCGCAAUAGCCACGAACGCAAGUACGUGUUGCCCAUUGCCGAGACCGGCCCCAAGUCGACAACAGUAGAGAUUGCGACGUUUGAAGGAAAGACCUAA